AAUUUACUGAUGCUACAAAAAUGCUUUUGAAUUUCCCACGUGCCGCCAUAGCAACACGCUGUUUAUUUGCAUGUCGUUACAGGAAAAUCUCUUUCAAAAUAACACUGGACAAAAUUACCAAAAAACAUGGUUAGAAUAACGGAACAGUUGAUUCGCAAGCGCUCCGAGCACAACGAGCUCAUCAUCGGCACGCUGGAAGAGCUGUCCCUGCACCAGGAGGACAUCGAGUGCAUCGAGCACAUCGGAAGCUGGUGCCGCGAGCUGAAGAUCCUGUUUCUGCAGUCAAAUCUGAUCUCGCGGAUUGAGAAUGUGCACAAGCUGAAAAAGCUCGAGUAUCUCAACUUGGCCGUUAACAAUAUCGAGCGGAUCGAGAACUUGGAAGGGUUGGAGUCGCUGAACAAGCUGGAUUUAACGUUGAACUUUGUUGGGGAGUUGACUUCGGUGGAAACGCUGCGGGGAAAUUACAACUUGCGGGAGCUUUAUUUGACGGGGAAUCCUUGUACGGACUAUGCUGGAUAUCGGGAUUACGUGAUCUGUGCGCUGCCACAGUUGGAAUCGCUGGACGGGGUGGAGAUAACGAGGACGGAUCGGUUGAAGGCUUCCAAGGAUUUUAGGGUUAAUCGAGCGAGGAUCGUGCAGCUUGAGUUGAAGCAUCGGAUUGAUCGGGAUGAGCAGAAGGUUCGGGUUGAGGAAUCACUGCGGGAACAGGAAGAAAGCGUUAAGGAUUUGGACGAGGAGCAACGGGCAACUCAGUUUUGGCAGCAGAAGAGCGAACACUGUCCGGAGACGAGGAACAUGAUGGCCAAGUACGCCAAAAAGGGAAGGGAACGGCCCGAGGUGGGUGUAGGUAAUGGGGAGAAGGUUCCACAGAGAACGUUGAAAUUGUUUGCAGAAUGUGGAAGGCCGUACAGUUUGAACGAGGCGAAGAUCAAGUUUGAAUUUUUGGACGAAGACGAUCGAUACGAGCUGAAUUUGCACAUUUAUAAAUUCUUGGACACUUCCUGCAUUGAAGUGGAUGCUCAACCAAACUACAUCCGAGCUACGAUCAAGGGGAAAGUUUUCCAGCUGGCAUUGAAAGACGAAAUCAAGACGGACGAGUCCACGUGUAAGCGUUCCACAACUACCGGGCAAAUGUUAAUUGUGAUGCCCAAGUUGAAUCCCCAGAAUAUUUCGUUCAGGGAACCGGAAGUCUACAGCAAAGUAAGGCGAGAUGCUGCUGCCAAGACCGACCUAAAAGGGACCGUCGACUACAAGAACAUUAUCAAAAAAGGCGGCAAAUCUGCGGAAAUCAACGAGGAUGAGAUCCCCCCUCUAAUUUAGUUGGACAGUGAUAUCUCUCUAGUACUGUAAACAGUCUAAAUAAACUUACCAAAAAUAA